AUGGAAAUUCAUCCAUGUUUGACAGUAAUCAAUAGGCGAGGCACCCAAAUAAAAGAAAUCCGUAUCAGAAAGAAGGGCUCUGGCCCGGCAAUGAGAUUAAUCAAGCAGCUUUCACUAUAUAAGAUACCUAAGCUGGAGCUUGAAACUAAAGCAGAAAGUGGGAAGACGAGCUCCGGAUCCAGAUACGAAAUGAAGCUUCGCUCGCUUCGGGCUUUCUUCAUUCGUCUCUCCCAUCAUGAUAAGGAGAGUAGGUUUCUCAAUUACAUGGAUCCUUAUUCUCUUCAUCUUCAUCUGCUUCGUCUGGACGAAAGGGAGCCAAGGGAAGAUAGUUUGGUUGACGAUUCAAGAAGUCACUCCGCUUUCUGGGAUGGAGAAGUUUCCCUAUCUUUUCUUUAUUCGCCCUACGUGAUCAUCUACUUUCUUCCAGUGGAGAAAGGACAGACCCCCCGUCUAGUCGAAUAA